CUGGCGUUCUGUCACCAUGGCUCUUGCUGUCUUGCGGGUCCUGGAACCCUUCCCAACCGAGACGCCUCCGUUGGCGGUGUUGCUGCCGCCUGGGGGUCCGUGGCCCGCAGCGGGAACGGGCCUGGUGCUGGCCCUGAGGCCUGCAGGGGAAGGUCCAGGGGGUCCGGCGUUGUUAGUGCCGGCCUUGGAGGGACCUGGGGAGGGAACCGAGGAGCAAGGCCCCGGGCCCCCGCAGCUGCUGGUUAGCCGAGCGCUGCUGCGGCUCCUGGCGCUGGACGCCGGGGCGAGGGUGCGGGCGCGGCCCGUGCGGCGGCCCCCGGCUCUCGGCUGGGCGCUCCUUGGCACUUCGCCGGGGCCCGGACUCGGCCCGCGAGUCGGGCCGCUACUGGUGAGACGCGGAGAGGCCUUGCCAGUCCCCGGGCCGCGAGUGCUGGAGACGCGGCCGGCAUUGCAGGGGCUGCUGGGCCCGGGGACGCGGCUGGCAGUGACGGAGCUCCGCGGGCGGCCCAGGUUAGGCCCCGAAACUGGGAAGAGCGGCCCGCCCCCGCCUCCUCCCGUGGUGUCCUCCUUCGCGGCUCCGAGCGCCGCCCGCCAACUGCGGGGAGUGCUGGGAGGGACUGGCGACUCGAUCGGGGUCAGCAAGAGGUGUCUCCGGGGCCUCGGCCUCUUCCAGGGCGAAUGGGUCUGGCUGGCUCGAGCCGCAGAGCCUUCGGACUCCAGACCGCACUUGGCCAGGGUGCAGGUCCUGGAGCCUCGCUGGGACCUGUCGGAGAGGCUGGGACCUGGGGCUGGGCUGCUGGCAGAGUCUCUCGCUGACGGACUGGCUCUCGUGCCUGCCACUCUAGCUUUUAAUCUCGGCUGUGACCCUCUGGAAGUGGGAGAGCUCAGAAUUCAGAGGUACUUGGAUGGUUCCAGCACCUCUGAAGACAAAGGAAGCUGCUCAGUGCUGCCUGGGCCUCCAUUUGCCAGGGAGCUGCACGUGCAGAUUGUGUCCUCUCCUCACUACAACACCAGCGGAGAUUAUGACCAUGUUCUUUACCUACACUUCGAGACUCCCAGGGUAGUCCAGGAAGGGGAUAUUCUGUGUGUGCCAACAGCUGGGCAAGUAGAGGUCCUGGAAGGAAGCCCAGAGAAACUGCCCAGGUGGCGGGAGAUGUUUUUUAAGGUGAAGAGAGCAGUUGGAGAAGCCCCCAACAAGCCAGCCAGUGCCUACUUGGCUGACACCACCCAUACCUCGUUGUACAUGGUGGGAGCUACUCUGAGCUGUGUUCCAGGACUGCCCGCAGGGGAACAUACUCCUUGGAGCAGCUUGUCUCCCCCAGGCAUGGAGGCCUUGGUGUCUGAGCUCUGUGCUACCCUGAAGCCUCGGCUCCAGCCAGGGGGUGCCCUGUUGACAGGCACUAGCAGUGUCCUCCUACGGGGGCCCCCAGGCAGUGGAAAGACCACAGCAGUGACUGCUGCUUGCAGCCGCCUUGGACUCCAUUUACUGAAGGUGCCCUGCUCCAGCCUCUGUGCAGACAGCAGUGGGGCCGUGGAGACCAAGUUGCAGGCCACCUUCUCCCGGGCCAGGCGCUGCCGGCCUGUAGUUUUGCUGCUGACUGCUGUGGACCUUCUGGGCUGGGACCGUGAGGGACUCAGUGAGGACACCCGUGUGGUGGCCACACUUCGUCACCUCCUCCUUGAUGAAGACCCCUCCACCAGCUAUCCUCCUCUAAUGGUGGUGGCGACCACAAGCCGGGCCCAGGACCUGCCUGCUGACGUGCAGACAGCAUUCCUGCAUGAGCUGGAGGUGCCCGUGCUGUCAGAGGGGCAGCGCCUCCACAUCCUGCAGGCCCUCACCGCCCACCUCCCCAUGGGCCAAGAGGUGAACCUGGCCCAGCUGGCACGGCGGUGUGCUGGCUUCGUGGUGGGGGAUCUUUAUGCCCUUCUGACUCACAGCAGCCGGGCAGCCUGCACCAGGAUCAAGAACUCAGGUUUGGCAGGCAGCUGGAGUGAGGAGGAUGAGGAAGAGCUGUGUGCAGCUGGCUUCCCUCUCCUGGCAGAGGACUUCGGGCAGGCCCUGGAGCAGCUGCAGGCAGCACACUCACAAGCAAUCGGCGCCCCCAAGAUCCCCGCCGUGUCCUGGCAGGAUGUGGGUGGGCUGCAGGAGGCAAAGAAGGAGAUUCUGGAGACCAUCCAGCUCCCUCUAGAGCACCCUGAGGUGCUGAGCCUGGGCCUCAGGCGCUCCGGCCUCUUGCUCUAUGGGCCCCCUGGCACUGGCAAGACCCUCCUGGCCAAGGCUGUGGCCACCGAGUGCAGCCUCACCUUCCUCAGCGUGAAGGGGCCAGAGCUCAUCAACAUGUACGUGGGCCAGAGUGAGGAGAAUGUGCGGGAAGUGUUUGCUCGGGCCAGGGCUGCGGCUCCAUGCAUCAUCUUCUUUGAUGAACUGGACUCCUUGGCUCCAAACCGAGGACGAAGUGGAGACUCUGGAGGAGUGAUGGACAGGGUCGUGUCUCAGCUCCUGGCCGAGCUGGACGGCCUUCACAGCACACAGGAUGUGUUUGUGAUUGGAGCCACCAACAGGCCGGACCUCUUAGACCCUGCUCUGCUUCGGCCUGGCAGGUUUGACAAGCUGGUGUUUGUGGGGGUGAGCGAGGACAGGAACUCUCAGCUGCGGGUUCUGAGUGCCAUCACACGCAAAUUCAAGCUGGAGCCCUGUGUGAGCCUGGUGAGUGUGCUGGACCACUGCCCUCCUCAGCUGACAGGUGCUGACCUCUACUCCCUGUGCUCGGACGCCAUGACAGCUGCCCUCAAACGCAGAGUUCGAGACCUGGAGGAAGGGCUCGAACAGGGAAGCCCAGCCCUGCUGCUCACCAUGGAGGACCUGCUGGCGGCUGCUGCCCGGCUGCAGCCCUCAGUCAGUGAGCAGGAGCUGAACCGGUACAAGCGCAUCCAGCGCAAGUUUGCAGCCUGCUAG